AUUGGCCUUCGUCAGCUACCGUAGAAGAGAGGUAAAAAAAAUUGUGAAGCGUUUCCUAGUAAAGGUCAUCAAGGCUCCUAAACCAAGCCAUGGGUGGCGAUCAUGGACAUGGGAAGCUGUCUAUGCCGGACCAUAAGCAGUGGAAAGUGGAGGGGACCCCGAUGGAAUUCACUCGGGAGAGACUGGCACGCAGGGGGCUGAGGGACCCAUGGGCCAGGAAUGAGGCGUGGCGUUACCUGGGGGCUUUCACGAAACCGGUGACCUUUUCACACGUCUUAUUCCGAGGUUUUAAGUGGGGCUUUGCUGCAUUCGUGGCCGCUGUUGGUGUGGAGUAUGCCCUCACCGGCCCCCACAGGAAGUCCGAACACUAAUGCCAAGGUGUGACCAGACGGUCGAUGGAGCCGCAAAGGGACAUUGUCUUUACAUCCCCCUGUCGAGAUGCUUUUCAUUUAAGAAAAAAAAUAAACCUUUCACCCUUUUUGCUCCCUCCUGUCCAGUGUUCAUGGGAGAAGACAGACCCCUUGUUACAUCUGCGCCAGACUUUACAUGGCGGAUGUACAGAAUGUGUAAUUUUAGUGUAAUAAAUAUUAACAACUCAA